AUGGGUGUCUUGUCAAACAUAGUCGACCAGAUUGGGUCGAUAGAUCUUCUCGCGGGUGCCGCACCAAAAGCAAAAGGCCCAGUGCAGGGUACAGCUAAUUCUUCGCAAUGAGGAUUCAAACUCGACUACAACUUAUUCUAAUUGUUAUAUAUAAUGUUGACAGUGAUCGUCCUACAACUAUCGACCAAGAAUAACAAUAUCUUUUACUAAGAAACUUGUUGUAAUCAUCGUAGUUACCAGCAUAGAUAUUCCUCUUCCUAUCCAUCGAAUUCGAAAAACACACAGAUGUGAUAGCGGCUGCGACGGGGGCUCCUUCAUCUGCUAGCUCGAGAGGAAAGGGUCACAAUAAAGCAGUAAUUUCAAGUUUCGGAGAGAAGGAAGGAAAAGCCGCCGACGGGUAGUGACCUACUUCUUCGUUCUCUUUCGCAUUCCUAUUUUUAGAUCGAUUCUAAGUUUGCCGUUAUCCUUACUACACUAAGUGGAAGUGUAAGUAUGAAGCGAUUUAUUGAUCAGCAACACAAAUCCAAAUACGUGAUUUUUCCUUGUAACUUUUUGACAGUGGCGAAAAUAAGGACCACGGCGGAAAGGACCACGCCGGAAAGGGUGCUGAUGAACAUGAAGAGGAGGCAGCAGGUGGAGGUGAGGGCGAAGACGGAGCGAAAUAAAUCGUGAAGAUGACAGUAUGUAAAUGUAUAGCGGAGCAGGAGAUGAAAGAGUAGAUGGUGUGCUGAACAAACCUAAUGACUUCUAAAAACACCCAAAGAGUACGCACGCUAGACCUUCAACUCAUUUGGAUAGGAACGUGUACACUCUAGCAUAUUCAAUCAAGCACUGAGUUCUCUGCUUCAAAGCUCGUUGCUCCCUCCAUCGAUCUAGGAUGCGAAGCUGCGUGUGGUUGUUGUAAAUAGUAAGCAUGCUAACGAUAGCUGCAAGUAUGCUCCAAGAGAACAUCGUCACGAUGAGCACAAUGAAUGAGAAGAGGAACAACGUUUUUAAAUACAAACAGACCAACGAAACUACGAUUAUGAAGAUUAACAACGAACAAGCCCGAUCAGAUAGAAACGUUUUGAUUCUUAGACCACUAGACACCAACUCGAACUAUAUCUAUAAAAGCGAUGCUUACUAGAACAUGUGAUCCAAGGAAAGGGAUGAAAGCCAGGACUUUCAAAACCUCCACUUCUGAUAUCCAGGGCACGACCCCCACGAGCUCCGAUUAUAUUCUCAUCACAAGAACUCCAGUUUUUUUGUCAAAUCGAAAAGAAUAGCUGAC